AUCCCCAUCCUCGAGUAAGAUAUGCUGCGUGUAAUGCAAUCGGCCAAAUGUCAACUGAUUUCCAAGACUCUCUUCAAAAGAAAUACCACCAACCUGUACUUUCUAAUUUAAUUCCUAUAAUGGAUACUCCGGAACCGAGGGUUCAAGCUCAUGCGGCAGCUGCCCUAGUAAACUUCUGCGAAGCCGCAGAUAAGUCAAUUCUAGAACCUUAUUUGGACCCAAUUUUUGAAAGGCUUCUUGUUCUUCUAAAUUCUGGGAGAACUUAUGUUCAAGAACAGGCUAUCACAACGAUAGCUACGGUUGCUGAUAGCGCAGAAGAUAGAUUUGUCAAGUAUUAUAGCGCUAUAAUGCCUUUAUUAAUAAGUGUGCUUAGAAAUGCUCACCAAAAGGAGUACAGAUUAUUACGUGGCAAAGCUAUGGAAUGUGCAAGUCUUAUAGCUUUGGCCGUGGGUAAAGAAAUUUUUGCACCAAAUGCUGAAGUUUUUAUCCAAUUACUGGCACAAACUCAACAGUCAGUAACUGAACCAGAUGAUCCUCAAACAUCAUACCUUAUUGCUUCAUGGGCAAGAGUAUGCAAAGUUCUUGGUGCAGACUUUGUACCUUACCUUCCUAUAAUUAUGCCCCCUCUUCUUCAGUCUGCACAAUUGAAGCCAGAUUUUGCUAUUUUAGAUCCCGAUGAUGAUGUUGAAUCUAAGUAUUCAGCUGAUGAUGGUUGGGAAUUUGUCGGAGUUGAAGGUCAG